CACAAUUUUAUAUAAAACUUAAUAAUGGAAACUCAAAAUCGAUUUAAACCCGCCGUAGUAAACAUAACCUCAAUCGAUAACGAACCUUGUCGAAGACUCCAAAUGGAAAUCCCGCCGCUAAUCGACACCUACGAUAUCGCAGUAAACGACCCAAAAGUAAUGUACACAACCGAGAAUAUCCCAACUAAAGAAACAUACGAUAAUUUUUACGAUUUAGCCUCCGGAUGUAAAUGCACCGAUUUAUGUACGAAAGAAUCCGGGUGUAGCUGUAUAGAAUUAAACGCGAAUUAUGAAUUUCAACGCGACAAAACGUCCAACACAAUCGAUUCGAUUCAAAAUAAUUAUGAAUUAAUCAAGAAAGAUAGCCCGGUGUACGAGUGUAAUAAAAAUUGUCUUUGUUCCGCUUUCUGUGGGAACAAAUUGGUGCAAUUCGGGCCUAGGAAAGGUCUUAGGAUAUUAACCGAAAGUGAAUUAUCGAAAUUAAAUAAACAGAGAAUUAAGGAUUUGAAAGGGUCUAAAGGGGCCGGGUUGAUGACGACGGAAGCUAUUAAAGAAGGAAAUUUCGUUUGUGAAUAUGCCGGUGAGAUUAUCUCGAAAAACGAAGCUGAUUUACGAUUCAAACGGCAAGAAGAACAUUGUUUACCGAAUUACAUUUUUUGUUUAAUGGAACAAUUCGGUGAAAAUAAGAUACAAACUUUUAUUGAUCCAUCGAUUUUUGGUAACAUCGGACGUUACAUUAACCAUAGUUGUCAACCAAAUUGUUUGGUUAUUCCAAUUCGGUGUCAAUGCGUCAUCCCGAAGCUUUGCGUGUUCGCUUUACAUGAUAUUCCAGAAAAUACGGAAAUUACUUUUGAUUACGGCGAUGGUCGAUUGGGGUUCGUACCAAGUAACGAUAAUGAAAUUGUUAAGAAAAAAUGUUAUUGCCAUAGUAGUUUAUGCAGGAAGUUUUUACCAUUUCAAAAAUAUUUAUAUUAAUUAUCUUAUUACUAUUUUAUUAUAUUUUUUAAUAUUAUU